AUAAGAUAGAAUAUUCUAUUUACCUUAAUCAAAUUGGAGUUUUGCAGUGAUUUUAUUUUUGUAAAAGAAAUUGAAAAAAAAGGAAAAUAAGUAUACGUAUAAAAAACGCUAGUUAAAGAAAAAAGGCAGAUUCUUUUUCCACAAUUCAACCUGGACGAUGACAAUGAUGAUGAUCUGAGGAAAAAAAAACGUCAAACCUUUGGAUUUUUAAUUUUUUUGAUUAAAAUUAAAAAUCUGAAGGAUGACCAAUUCGAGUUUGAGUUCAGAGGAGAGAGAAAAUGAAGAGGUAGUAGUCGAAGUUCAUCAAGGAAUUCCACAAAUACCCAUAGAUCUAUUCGUCAAGAAAAAUCGAAAAGGCCUACGCUUUUUCGACGCUUUUGGUAAUCUACGCUACAAAGUUAGCGACGCUUCUCCACUUUCACCAAAGCAUAACCAUGGUUUACGGGGGCGUGUCCUAUUGGAUUCUUCCGGCAAUUCUCUCGUCUCUAUUUUCCGGUGUCAUGAUGGGUCGUGGAAAGGCUUCAAGGGUGAUAGUUGUGAGGAAUUACUUUUCAAGGCGGAACAGACGCUGAUUACAUUUAAUAAGAUAGAAUUCAGUGUAAAUGUUGCUAGAGAUGAUGGCGCAAACUUAACUUUUGCGAUCAGAGGUUGCGUUUUCUGGAGAACUUGCACCAUUUAUCAGGACAAAUUCAUAGUAGCUCAGACAAAUCUUAUGUACAAGCUUGGUUUUAGGAAGCAUUUCGUGGGGAGGAGUAAAUUCAGAGUAACCAUUUUUCCUGGAUACAGCGAUUAUAACUUCAUUGCUUCGUUGAUUUUAGUAUUUUUGGAUGGACGAAAACAAUGAGUUUCAUUUUUUAGGCAACUUGAUGAAGAAAUUUGAUAAUUGUGAUUACAUUAGCCUUCGCAAAUAUUGUUGCUACUCAUUGUGGCAUGCAAAGCAUUCCAUUCAAUUGAAACAAUUUAAAAACUUUUUCUC